GCAGUCUGUCAACAGCCUCGCCUUUGACAGGAUCCUCAUGGUCUCCUGACUAGCCUCCUGAAAACCUGUGCAAAACUCGUCUCCGACGUCAAGCGUUCCGCAGCGUAGCGGAUUUACAUACGCUACCUUGCCCUCUAUGGCAAUCCUCCGCUCAUGAUCGGAGUUCCCAGCCCUGGAGCUCCAGCCGCUGCACCAACUCUCUUUACAUCUACUUGCACAGCGUUAUCUCGGUUGUUACAAUGUGCUGCUCCAUUGGUAUACCGAGUCAUUAGACGGGUGGCAAUACCGCUCGUCUCUCGGACUAACGUUGACUCGCGAAGACUAGUGUCUCGGUGGUGGCUCCUCCCGUGCAAACUCACGUGCCGGCGAAACUGCUCUGUGAAAAGCUCCUUGGCAAGACUUCCCGCUCAAGCACAGCAAGGAGAAUAUUCAUCAAGACGGGGACCUAUGCGUAUUGGAUCGCGAUCGAAUCGCCGAUCUCGUUGCCAAUGCGAGCCGGAGCUUGAUCUCACCGUCUUGAAUCAGCAUCCAACAAUCUCGGGAAGCCAUGUGCUACACGCCGGUGAGCAUAGAUUCCAAGCUUUGGAAGCCAAUUGUUGUACAAAGUGGACCCAGUCUUCCCGGCUGAAGCCGCACGGGACAUAUCGUAAUGAUAAAAAAUCGAGAAAAGAAGCUGAUACAGAUUGCGAUGGAAGAACGGAUGCGUCCAACUGUACAUGUUAGAUUCUACUGUCAAAAUCCUGCCCCCUUCGCAGCACACCAUACACCGCCGCCACCAAUUCUCACGAACUCACUCUUCGCCGAAGAACCCCUUAGCGAAGGCUGCGCAUGGCCAUCGACGUCAAUAUGCUUUUCCUGUGGUUUUUGAGGAUGCGGAUUAACUCACCUCCGGGAACCAAUGCACUGCAGUACAUAACCAUUGUGAUAGGAACCAGCUUCUCUCGCGUUGCAGGGGGGGAUGCGUUGACUCUUGGCUCCCAUGUGGA